AUUAUCCAUGCCAAAAGACUCACCGCUGUGAGAACCUGAAAGCUCACAUUGGGGAAUCUGUGGCUAACGUAACUUCCGUUAAAAGUUGAUAGCAGCACCAUUUGCUCUUUCCGGUAGCAGAUAGAAGGAAGAUGCCUUCCGUAACUCUAAAGGACGUGGAUCAGCAGAAAUUCGUGAAAGCAUUCUCAGCUUUCCUUAAGAAGACUGGCAAAAUGAAAGUGCCAGAAUGGGUGGACCUUGUGAAAAGUGCAAGAUUCAAAGAGCUGGCGCCAUAUGAUGAAGAUUGGUACUACACUAGAUGUGCUGCACUUGCCAGGCACAUUUAUUUCCGUUCUCCUGUUGGUGUUGGCGCUGUUACUAAAAUAUUUGGAGGACGUCAGCGAAAUGGUGUAUGCCCAUCACAUUUUUGCCGAGGUGCAGGUGGAGUUGCACGUAAGGCAUUGCAGUCACUUGAACAGCUGAAGCUUAUCGAGAAGACUGGUGAUGGUGGACGUAGGCUCACUGUUCAAGGUCGCAGAGAUCUUGACCGUAUUGCAGCUCAAGUUCGGCAAAAGAAGCAGCUCCAACCACCACAGUGAAAUAUCUGGCUUGUAAAAAUACAGCAUACAUUGUGUACAGCAUGGCAUCCUACUACAGAAAUGAAGAAAUCGUGUGUUUUGUCAUCACUUGUUUCAUGUUGCUAUUUUGUAACUCGUAUGUAUUCUGGCUGUUCCAAUUUAUGUUCAAUAAAGAACUGACAAUCUUAUUGUCCUUAGGUUUCCACAUUUGGAGUUCAUUAAACUGA